AGAGGAUCUGAGAAUAAGAAUGAAGGAUUAGAAGGAAACUUGGUUAGGGUCAAGGAAGGAGAUGCUAAAUAAUGCAUCCAAUUAAUAAAAGAGACUGUUUUUUGUCUUUGGACUGGAAGAAGAAGAAGAGGAUGAGAAGAUAUUUGGGUUUGUUGCUGGGCUUUUGCAGCCUUAUUGUUGGAUUAGCAGUAGCAGACUGGAACAUCUUGAAGAGGUCAGGGGAGAACAAGGAUGAGCUGAAGAUAACCCUCAAGAACUACUGUGAAGCUUGGAGGAUCAAUGUAGAGCUCCACAACAUCCGUAACUUCAAUGUUGUUCCAGAAGAAUGCACAGAUUACAUAGGCAAGUACAUGAGCUCCACUCAAUACAAGCAGGAUUCCCUGAGAGCAAUUGAGGAAUGCACCACCUAUCUCACCAACACCUUCAAGUUGACUGGUGAUGGCAAGGAUGCCUGGAUUUUCGAUGUCGACGAUACCCUCAUCUCGAAUGUUCCUUACUUUAAGAAACAUCGUAAUGGAGGAGAGGAGAUUAACAUGACCUCCUUUGAAGAAUGGGUGAUUGAGAGGAAGGCUCCAGCUCUUGAUCACAUUUUGAAACUUUUCAGAGAGAUGAGGGGGAAAGGGAUUAAGAUCUUCUUAAUCUCUUCAAAAGGAGAGCACCUCAGAGAUGCCACCACUGACAACCUAAUUAAAGUUGGUUACAAUGGAUGGUCUGGUCUCAUACUAAGGAGUUAUGAGGACAACUGCAAGACAGUGCAACAGUACAAAACAGAGCAGAGGGAGAUGCUGAUCAGUAAUGGAUAUCAUAUAUGGGGAAUUGUUGGAUCACAGUGGAGCAGCCUCUUGGGACUUCCUAGUGCUAGGAGAACAUUUAAGCUUCCCAAUUCCUUAUACUAUGAUCCCUAAAAGCUACUACCACUUUCAUUUUAUUCAUCAACCCCUAUGCAUUAUAAAUUGUUCUGUCUUAUUUCAAGUAUAAUCUUCAGUACGUAUCACUAUUUCCUACUUACCAUUCUAUCUCUAGGAAAGACAAAGUGAGGAAUGAUUGGAUUAUAACUGAUUUGGGAGUUGCCCGAUUCAAGACAAGCUCAGAGAAUGUCAUUUAAGGUGGUUUCGUCAUGUUCAGUGUAGAACUUUGAAUGUGCCAGAAAGGCAGAGGGAUCAGAUCCAGAUGGAAGCAGCUAAAAGAACUAGAGGCAGGCCUAAAAUGACUAUUGAAGAGUUGGUAAGGAAAGACAUGCGGAAGCUAGACCUGAAUUCUAGUAUGACUUCUAAUAGAGCUGUUUGGAGGGCAAAGCUCCAUGUUGCCAAUCGAAUUUUAGCAAGAUGUCCAUUGUUAUGUUUCCUUUCCUUUUUUUUUUCCCCUUUUUUUUCUUUGGCUUUAUUUGGUUCCUGAUCGUGAAUCCAUAUAGCCGACCCCAUUUAAUUGGAAAAACGCUUGGCUGCUAUUGUUGUUGUACUUAUCACUAUUUCCAUUUUAAUCUUUCUCUAGUUAGUUUUCCCCACUA